UUUCUCAUAACUCAUUUCAGCAACCAAAGCGUAUAACUAAACUAAUUAGCGCAACUUUGCUUAAUUAGUUUCUGUUUAAUUAAGAUAUAUUGAGAGCGAUGGCUAGGUUUCUGGGCUUGGCAUUUGUCGGGGUUAUUGCGGUGGCUCUCCUGCACUGCGCGGUGGAAGCGACGGUUCAUGUAGUGGGAGACAACCAGGGAUGGAAAAUUCCGCAACCAGCAAAUGCUUAUGAAACUUGGAUUUCUGGCAAAACCUUCAUGGUUGGUGAUAUUCUAACUUUCAACUUCGCCACAAAUGAACAUGACGUAGUUGAAGUUCCAAAAGAAUCCUACGACGCCUGCACUGGUUCAAACCCCAUCGGACAGGUAAUCACAAACGGUCCCGCAAACGUCACCCUUCAAUCUGCCGGCACCAAGUACUACAUAUGCACGAUCGGGCAACACUGCGCCAACGGCCAGAAACUAUCCAUUACAGUCAGCUCCGCCACAGCUGGCCCUCCGACGUCGGGCCCCUCUGCAUCUAUGGUUCCACCUACUACUCCCUCCGGCGGCAGUGGGCCGACCCCUGAUUCUUCUUCACCUGUGGCUUUGAGUGGUGCUUUGUUGUCCCUGUUUGCUGUUAUUGUAGGUUUGUUGUUUUAGAAUAUAAGAGGAUUACAAAAAAGCUUAAUUUAGGCCAGUAGUUUGUUUUCCAUACUUGCUGUUGUUUCAGAUUUGUAUGUUAUAGAAUAAAGUUAUGAUGAUUCAUUUGUACGCCAUUGAAUUUUCAUAAAUUUUGUAUUGAAUUUUAUGUAUUUGUUUUCAGUGAACAAGAUCAAUAAAGUUUCCCGGGAUUUGUUCAAAA